AACUUUAUAUAAAUUUAUGUUAUAUAUGUAACUUUGAUAGUGUUAUGUUUAAGUAAUUUUUAAAGGUGUAUUUUUCAACGAGAAAGUUCAUUAUAAUCUUAAAGUGAACAAUUAAUAAACUGAAAUUUUUAUGUUUAAAUUAUUAUAAAUUUGCAAUAUAUAAAAAAAAAUAGUUUUAUACAGUGAUUGUGUUACAAAUAACUUAAAUUUAUUUUAUGAAAAACGAAUUUUGAUAUAAACAUGUCCAGCACAUCACAAAAACAUAAAAACUUUGUGGCUGAACCAAUGGGUGAUAAACCUGUUACAGAUCUUGCUGGAGUUGGAGAAGUUUUAGGACGUAGAUUAGAAGCAGCUGGUUUUGAUAAAGCAUAUGUUGUUCUUGGACAAUACUUGGUUUUAAAAAAGAAUAGAGAAUUAUUUCAAGAAUGGAUGAAGGAUGCAUGUUCUGCCAAUGCAAAACAAUCUAGUGAUUGUUAUCAGUGCCUCUCUGAUUGGUGUGAAGAAUUUUUGUAAAAUAAUUAAAAUUUAAUGUUAAUAUUAUACAAAAAUGAAACUUUUAAUAUAGUAAAGAAUCUACUGUAAUAUUUUAAUAUAAAAUGUGAAAACUAUUUCACUUUUGUGAAUUUAAGAUAAUAUUUUAGAUAAUUUCUAAUAUAAUGAAAGCAAAUAUCUUAAAAGGUAUUUUAAAAAAAGUUCAAUAUAAAAAAAAUAUAACAUGAUAUAUCAGUUUAUAAUUUUAUUUAACAUUAGGUUAUAUUAACUGGCUAUAUUUUAUUUCAUGCAUCAGUCUUGCAUUAAUAAUAAUUUUUCAUUAUAUUAUAUUUAUUUUCUAAUAUUCAUAUAUUUUCUGAAAUUACUUUCUAUAUUUUUAUGUAUAAAACUAAAUGUCAAAUUCUGAAUUUUUUAUUUAUAAUACUAAUGAAAUUUUUAUAAUCUUGUAUAAAAUUAUAAGAAGUAAAUAAGGAAUUUAAUUUUAAAAUAUAUUUUUGGAUGUAUAUCUAAUAUCUAUAACAUUUAAUCUCUAUUUUAAUAUAUCACAAAUAUAUAAUAUAUUAAAUAUUAAAUUUAAUAAUAUGUUACAUCUAAUAAGAUGAAUCUAUUAUUGUAUCUUAAUUGAAAGUAAAUGUUUAUUGUAUUUUUUGUAAUGUUUUGUAAUUUUUAUAUGCUGCUAAUAAAUGAUUAAUGUUAAAUUA